UCACUCUUUUCUAAAGCAACAUUUAUUUAAGUUUGAAUGCCCGAGUUUGCCGGGUAGUUUGGGUUUUGUCGUUGCACAUUUCACGUCGAGUGGUUCUUCCCGAGUGCUGUCUGUCUGAUCUACGAUGAGCAAAGCACACCAACCCGAGUUGAAAAAAUACCUUGACAAGCGUCUAAGACUGAAGCUUAAUGCAAAUCGUGAAGUUGUCGGUAUUCUGCGUGGUUUUGAUGCUUUCAUGAAUAUUGUUGUUAGUGAUGCGUAUGAAGUCACUAAAGAUGGAAAUCAGAUCAAGAUUGAUAUGGCCGUUGUCCGUGGCAACAGCAUUAAUAUCGUGGAAGGCGUAGAUCGCAUCUAAAUGUAUAUAUGUAUUCGUUUAUUUCAAUAAACCCUCUUCACUCUAUAUGGAUCUUUGCAUUUUAUUUAUUAGCUAGGUGUUCACUGUUCCAUUUAAGGCGCUAACCUUAUAAAAUGUUGAUAAAUACAUAUUUUAAUUUUCAAGUUA